AACCUGACAUAAUAAAAUAAAGAGAGUACUUCUGAAAAGCAGAAAGUGAAAAAAGACGUUAGGUGCCAAUCUGAAAUGAGCGAGUACAAAUAGCUUUCUAUACUCUCAUCAUCUUCAUCCCUCAAUUUCUCUCUCCUCUUCGCUUUAUUCUACCGGUCAUCUCUAUGCUAUGCCAUUCCUAGACUCGCAAUAGAAACUCACUCACUGUAGGAUUGGAUCAGGAAAUUUCUCGAUUUUUCAGUUCCGUGAAAAGCGGUGAAAACGGUUUUGAAUUUGAUGUUGAUGGCGUCGCCGAGGGUGAUCGCGUCCAAUUCGGAUCUGCCGCGUGACUCCCCUCCCUCCUCCAUAAAUAUCCACUCCGAUCAACCAGCUAGGGGUUUCGGCUCCAUGAAUAUGGACGAAAUCUUCCGGAACAUCUGCCCCGAUUCCGCCUCCUUCGACGCCGGCGCCGGAGAGGCUGCCGCGGCGGGGGGAUUUUUGCCCGGCGACGGAGGAUUGAGGAGUGUGAAGACGACGGAGGAGGUUUGGAGGGAUAUCGUCAUCGGCGGCGGGGGAGAGGCGGCUGCGAUGACGCUGGAGGCUUUCCUGACGAAGGCGGGGGCUGUGAACGAGGAGGAGGUUGGGGUUCCGGCGCCGCCUCCGGUUGGGGGUUUUGGAAUGGAAGGUGUGAUGGUGAAUCCUGCGCCGGCGGGGGCUCAGUUUGCGCCGGCGGGAUGCGUGCAGAAUGUGAUUGGUGGUAUGGAGUUUGGGAGUGGGAGCGUGGGAGGCGGCGGCGGGAGAGGGAAGAGGAGGGUGGCGGUGGACGAAGUGCCUCUGGAUAAGGCGACGCAGCAAAAGCAGAGACGUAUGAUUAAAAAUAGGGAGUCUGCUGCGAGGUCCAGAGAGCGGAAGCAGGCUUAUACCGUGGAGAUGGAGGCUCAGGUGACUGCCCUAGAGGAUGAACAUGCCAGGCUCUUGAGACAAGAGGCUGAAAUGAACAGGGAGAGAUACAAACAGCUCAUGGAGAAUAUAAUUCCGGUGGUAGAGAAGCGAAGACCUCCAAGAGUUUUGAGGAGCACGCGCUCCAUGUAAUGGCAGGUGCGUGGUUGACGAUGAUAAAGAUUGUAGAAAGUAGGUCUUGUUGGCCUGCCAUAGAUAUCCAGCAAUGUCGCGUGAGGACGUUCUGGCAUGGGCUAGAUGGGCAGUUAGCAACAGAUGCAGUAGUGUUCUCUUUCAAGGGGAAUUGCUGAAUGAAGCAGUCUGAGACAUGUAAAUCAAAAGCACAUCUUGAUCUCUAUACUGUUUAUAGAGGGCAUACUUUAAAUCAAUUUACACUCUCUAUUUGAAGCUCAUCUAGUGGUUAAUUAUUUCUUGAUGUAAUAACAUUUCUUUAGGAAAAUGGUGGAAUCUACUAUUGAUUUUAUCAUUA